AUGAGCAUCCCUCCCAAGGUGAGCCGCGAGCUGGCCGACGCGGUCCAGGAGGAUGCCCUCAGGGCCGCGCGCGAUGAGGCCAAGCACCGCGCGGUGCGCCAGAUGGAGGGCUACGACGUCUUCAAGAACAUGGUCGCCGUCGCGCACCUCAGGCCGCACAACCUCCCCGGCGACGCCUCGCACAUGACCGCCGCGGACAGGGCCGCGGCUCGCGCGCCCGCGUUCUCGUUCACGCCCGAGGGAAGGGCAUCCGGACCCGCAUCGACGCCGGGCGCGUCGACGCCGCUGACGCCGGCGGCGGACGCCGCGUCGAUUCGCGCGCCCUCCUCCGCGGCGGAGUUCGAGAAGACGUGGCGUCGAUCGUGCAAGUCCACGGACGCCAGGUGGAGGUACCUCGGGCUCGUCGCGGGUACGCGGGAGGGACGAAUCGCGAAACUGUUCAGGGUGGAGAUCAACGGCACGGUGCUCUCGGAGCUCGUCGCCGCGCUCGCCGCGGGGUACGCGGGCGACGGCCGGAGCAUUCGCGACGACGACGAGUGGGCGGGGGCGCGAGGCGCGCGGGCCAUCGGCGAGCGCGUGCGAGCCUUCUUGGCCGAGCUGGCGACGUGCGGGCGGUUCGCGCUCGCCGCGAAGCUCAUGGGAAGCGGGGCGCGCGAGGCGAUGAGGACGCUGGCGGACGCGCUGGUCGCGAACGGCGCGGUGGACGCCGGCGCAGCGGAGGCGCUCAAGUCGGCGUACGGCUGCGGGUGA